AUGUCUUCAUCGUCAAAGAAAGACCCUGGUGUAAUAAGAUUUAUGGAUGAUAUGGACUUAUGCACUGAGAGUUUAGGGUUUGAGAGUUGUAACGAAAGACAGAUCGAUGAUGAUGAUGGUCGUGGUGGUGAAUAUAAUGGGUUUUGUGAAGAGGAGAUUAGGGGUAGAUGGAGGGAUAAGAAGAGGGUUGAAGAGAAGAGAUUGGAGGAUAAAAGGAAUAAGAAGUUUCCACCACCACUUUCUUCAUUGAACCAAAACGGUAAGCCUUGUUUUUACCUAAAGCCUGUAAGGGCAAAUGGGAGGUUGGAGUUAACCGAGGUUAAGAUACAUAGACCAGAGAUUUUAUGUGCUGUUAGGGAAAAUGGACGAUUGAGAUUGCAUCUUGUUAGUAGCGAUGCUUGCUGUAAAUUCAAUGAGGAAGAGGAAGAUGAAGAGAGAGAACAUGAAGGACAAGUACAUGACUUGCAUGAAGAAGAAGAAAAAGCAGGGGGGAUAAAAGUUGAAGAAUUGUGGACUAUUAGAGUGGAAGGUGGAGGUCCCAGUAGAUUUCAUGAGAUGGUAGAUUAUCAUCGACAUCAUGGAAUCAAUGGACAUCAUAGCAUGCAUGUGUGGAGGCAGCCAAGUGUGUCAAUAAGGUGA